AUGUCAUACCAUUUGCGAAAUAGCACCUCAUCCUCUUGUUUCAACCCGAAAGAACCAAGAUCUGAUGACUCUCCCGCCCUGAGCAAUGCUCGAGUUUCCUCACGCGUCCGAAAACUUCUCGAAGGCGUGUCACCUUUGAAAGUCCCGACUGUACCCCGCGAGCCUAAGCCCUCCAAGCCUAAGAAGUCUCCAGCAAGGAAGAAAAGGAAGGAGGAACCUGUUGGAGACAUUGAAGUCAUCCGUCGACUCGCCAAAUUGAAGUCUCUCCCACCCAUCUCACCAAGGGGGCGCCAUUUCGCAAACGGCGUACGCGACGGAACUUUCACAUACGCAGAUGUCGCCGGUGAGGGACUUUCCCGGUUUCUGAAGGAUGGUCUGCCAGAGUAUGAGGUAUUCUUCGGAGAAACCAAGGCAAGUAAUAUCAGAUAUAACAUCGAGGCGCUGUAUCGCGCCGACUCGACAGAGAUCAGGGAAAUUUUGUUUUUGAGCGAUGAAUUUGAGCCAGUCGACAAGUGGAGCGCCGACGAGAAAAGCAAGGUCUCCAAGUAUCCGAUGGCGAUCCGUACAUCUGGCGUGGCUAUGGUCAAGCCAAUACGGCAGCAUGUCAAUGCUAGAGGCAAAUCAGAGACCAAUUCACCAACGGGGUUGAGGAAGACAAAAGACGACUCGCCCGAAGUCCUGUGGAUGCGAGAGAAAAUGGCGGCCUAUUCCAGUGCCAGUGGAGGCAAGUCGCCCAUUUCUCUGCCACCUUUGGACAUGUUUGACUGCAAGGACGCAACAGAGAGCGAGUCUGAGGGAGAUUAUCUCCCAGAAGACGACCCUGCGCCGGUCAUGCAGCUGGAUUCGAAAGACUCGGAUUGGCCCCAAAGUCCAGAUGGGUGGACCACGUCAAGUUCCCAGUGUUCGGAUUUUGAUUCUGACGACGACGACGACUGGACGUCGGAGGACAAAUUACUCAGCGAGAUGUUUCCCCAUGCAAGAUACAGACAGAUGUAG